GCCUGAGAGGGUAUGUUCCCAUGUAUCAUGAUCAACGGAAUACAGCAAUUUGGUCCAACGGUUGUGUUCCAAUGAAUAAAUCUAGUUGCAAAAACAGUUAUACAGAUGGCUUCUUCAAGUACACAAACAUGAAAUUGCCAGACACCUCUUCAUCAUGGUUUAGUAAGACCAUGAACCUUGAAGAAUGCAGGAAGUCGUGUCUUAAAAACUGUUCUUGUACAGCAUAUGCAAAUUUAGAUAUCCGUGAUGGAGGAAGUGGCUGUCUACUUUGGUUUAAUACUCUAGUUGACAUGAUGAACUUCUCUCAAGAGGGACAAGACUUUUAUAUCAGACUCCCUGCUUCAGAAUUAGAUCAUGGCGGCCACAGAAAAAUCAAGAUAAAGAUAGUAGUAAUCACUGUUGGUGUGACUAUUUUUGGAUUAAUCAGCAUAUGUGCAUGCAUAUUGAUAAAUAAAAAUCCAGGGGUUGCAAGAAAAAUUUACAACAGGCAUUACAAAAAUAUACUGAGGAAGGAAGACAUUGAUUUGCCAACUUUCAGUUUCUCAGUCUUAGCUAAUGCCACUGAAAACUUUUCAACCAAAAACAAACUUGGAGAAGGUGGUUUUGGACCAGUAUACAAGGGCACACUGAUAGAUGGGAAAGAGUUAGCUGUGAAAAGGCUUUCAAAAGAAUCUGGACAAGGGUUGGAAGAGUUCAAAAAUGAAGUGGCAUUGAUUUCCAAACUUCAGCACCGUAAUCUUGUAAAGCUUCUUGGUUGCUGCAUUGAAGGAGAGGAAAAAAUGCUGAUUUAUGAAUACAUGCCCAACCAUAGCUUGGACUACUUUGUUUUUGAUGAAACCAAAAGGAAGUUGCUAGAUUGGCACAAGCGUUUCAACAUUAUUAGUGGUAUUGCUAGAGGACUUCUGUAUCUUCAUCAAGACUCUAUGCUGAGAAUUAUUCAUAGAGAUUUAAAAACAAGCAAUGUUUUACUAGAUACAAAUUUAAAUCCCAAAAUAUCAGAUUUUGGUUUGGCUAGAUUAUUUUUGGGAGAUCAAGUUGAGGCAAAAACAAAUAAGGUGGCUGGAACUUAUGGUUAUAUCCCUCCUGAGUAUGCUGCACGUGGACACUUCUCAAUGAAAUCAGAUGUUUUUAGUUAUGGUGUGAUAGUAUUAGAGAUUGUAAGUGGGAAGAAAAACAGGGAAUUUUCAGACACAGAACACUGCAAUAAUCUCCUUGGACAUGUAUGUAAGCAUAUUGAUAUGACUAUUUUGCUAAACAAUAUAAAUUGA